AUGGGUAAUAAAGAGAAAGGACAAGCUGAGAAUGCGAUACGUGAAGCGCAGUCAAGGCUGCCUGCUAUGAUCAGGGAGUUGGAUGAGAAAAAUGAGAAGUUAGCGGAAACUUCUGCAAAUUGUCGGCAGAUCGAACAGAAGAUAUUCGCUCUGAGCAACGAUGCGAACAGGUUACGAGCACAGUAUAAUGCUUGCGACAAUGAGAUUCUGAAGCUAACUGAACGUAUCGGGCACAUGGAGAAGCAAGUUGUGUACGUUAACGAACAACUUCAAAAUAAUCUCGCUGAUGAAGCCGAAGUUGCAAGCAAGAAAGCAGAGAUAGAAGCUGCCACAGCAGAGCGAGAAGAGUGUGCCAAGGAAGUUGCUGCUGCCAAAGCUAAAGUAGAUGUUGUCGCUGCUAAAGUCAAGUCGAUUUUCCAUGAAUUUGUGCAGAAAUAUUUGGAUGAGGCAGAUACUGCGAAAAAACGGCGGCAGGAGAUUGAGGAGCAAGCCGUCAAGGAACGAGUCAGCAUUGAUCUCAACGAGCAUAAUAUUGAAAAGGUGAACCUCUUCUGAGA